CGAGGUCGCAUGAAGCCAUGAUGCCGGCCAGGAUGUGAAAGGCCGCACGCAGACCAUGGCCAGAGCGGAAGAUCUGCCGGAGAGCAACAGCGAUGGCGAGAAUAGCGACUCGCAAAGCGGCGACAGCGACGACACAGACAGCAAUUACGACUCCAAUAGCGACAGCGGUAGCAGUGAUGGCGACGAUAGCGAUGAAGACAGUGAAGAGGAUGACCAGAACGGCAAUGACGCCGCCGCCAAGAAGCAACGCGUGCGUGCGGACAUCGACGAGAUGCGCCGCAUGAUGGCCGAUAUGGACGCCAUCAAGACACGAUUGCAGCACCGCUUGAGCACUGGGCGGCAGGCGAGAGCAGAGCGACUCGCGCGCGAAGAACGGGAGCGUGAGGCACAGGAAGUAGCCAUCCGCAUGGCUGACGAGGUGGCUCGCGGGCGACAGAUUGAGGUGGCAGUUCAGACGGAGCCGAUUGUCUCGCAACAGCAGAUGAAUGUGUCGCAGCAGAAUGUGUGUCCACCACAUAUCGCCGACAGGACUGCUGUUGGUGCCGAUGUUGAGACUGUUCCUGCGAUUGAUGGAGACACAGGGUUUGCUGACGCUGCUCCAAAUAAAGCUAUGCCAGCUGGGUUAAGUUUGUAUGACCUGGUGAAGGCAUCUGGCUUCGGCCUGUCGCUCAAACCGCCCUCCCCCGUUCGACGACUAGACUCACCGGAGGAUUUACCACAACGCUCUUUCAACGAGCAGGGGCGUGCAUCUCUAUUGCAACGGCACCAGCAGGAAGAUCCAUCUGCUGAGCUAGACUGGAAUGGCGGUGAUUCGAGAUUGGUUCAUGACGAAGACAGUAUUGUGAGUGGUGGUGAUCAUGACGACAAUGACGGUGUCGGCGAUGGGUAUAGCGCUUCGUGGCAAGAUGCCAGCCUAAACUCACCGCGCAACAACCCCGGGCAGUUCAAACAUGAGCAGUCAUUACCACCGUCGCGCCAUCGCGACGAGAACGCGGCCUCUGUAAGCAACAGCCUCGUCUCCUCCGACGAUGGCAACGGGUCCGUUAUUUCUCCACACCUGAUUCAACAACAAGACCACAAGUUCAACGCGGCCACCUUGCUCAGCACGAUAAAGCAUCCGCCGCCUUCCACCGCGAAGGACACUGGGGGCGACAAGACAGACGAGCAACGAGAGAUGGAGGCGAUUCAGUUCCUACUCUUCCGUCGUUGACUUGGUUAUCGGUGGUACAGGUCACUUUUGGUGGCCUCUGAUUGGCCAAGAAAUCACGCAAACUUCAAAAACCUGUGAUAAUACAUUCAAAUGAGAUUGUGUUUUGUGACCAC